GAUAGACGCCCGAGAGGAGCACGCAGCAGGGGGGGGCGUGGGCGUGAUGCCUUUUGGGUUGGCCAUGGAGAUAAGACUGAGAGCCACAGCAGCAGCAGCUAUGCCCUUUCCCCUUCCUGCCCUCCGGAACCAUGCCCGCCCUUGCAGCUUCACGGGAGCCCUCUCCCACUCCCAACCGAAACCUGUUGCUUUCCAUGCACGCACUGGAGCAAUCCGAAGUCCAAAUAGCAAGGAGGUUCCCCGCGCCCAUGGGGCCAAGAUGUCUGUAGCAGUGCCAGAAUCAUUACUUAUAAAGAGAACGGCAGUUGAAGUCGUUGAUGAUUUGAGAGGAACCUCCCUAUUUCUUGUGGGGAUGAAUUGCACCAUGAAAACUGACCUAGGGAAGAUAUUGGCUGACUCAUUGCGAUAUUACUACUUUGACAGUGAUAGUUUGAUCCAGCAAGCAGCAGGUGGCACUUCUGCUGCUAAAACUUUUAGAGAAGAAGAUGAGAAGGGUUUCCAAAGCGCAGAGACUGAAGUUCUCAAGCAGUUGUCAGCGAUGGGGCGACUAGUGGUUUGUGCUGGGGAUGGGGCAGUGCAAUCCGCGACAAACUUGUCUUAUUUAAGAUACGGCGUCUCAAUAUGGGUAGAUGUUCCUUUAGAUUACUUGGCAAACGAAUUUAUGGUAUCUGAGGCGUCGUCAUCUAUCAUGAGUACCACACAAGAGACAGAUCCAUUCACAAAGGUUAUGAAUGUGCUUUUGCAGCAAUAUAACAAGUUGAAAGAAGGCUUUGCUAUAGCAGAUACAACUGUUUCGCUUCUAAAAGUAGCUUCUCAACUAGGGCACGAAGAUUUAACAUCUGUUACCGCAGAGGAUAUGGCUUUGGAGACUCUAAAAGGGAUACAAAAGCUGACUAGAGUGAAGAAGAUGAUGGAAGAGGCUGGCCGGCCAUUUUAACCGAAGUGCAGGUGUUUGUGAUGAAAGAGUUUAGGGUUUCAAGCCACCAUGAUGUUCCUCUACCUGGAGAAAAUGAUGCGAGUUUCUGAUUGUGUUGCUUGCCGACCAUGAAAUAUCCUUUAUUUCUUAAAAUUGUCACAUAAUAUUAGGUCACACAACAGCAUCAUUCCUCACCUUCCAACUUUAAAAGGAUCUGUGAAUCUUGUAACCAUUGAUACAGAAUGCUAGAACAGUUGGUUAUGAUCAUCAUGCUUUAUAAGAUAUCAAUCUUAAAGUGAGUGUGUUUAAGUUA